CAAUGAUGAGAUAGUUUAGUGCCGAGCAUCAUGGGAAGUAAUAUGGAAGCAAGCGAUGUCUUGGCUGCUGCUCUUGAACAGAUGGACGGCAUCAUAGCUAGCACCAAAUUUGAUUUCCAUAUGAACGGAUCAUCAGAAACCAACGGAGAUUCGUGGUUGACAGACAAGCACGCCAUAGAGAAGAGUUCCACACCCUUGGUGGAAGAUUUAAGGAAGACAACGGAUAACAUAUCAGUGGAUUCCUCGUCCUCAGAAGUCAAUGUCAGGGUCACGCCAAGGCCACAGGUGAAUGGAUACCUUUCUGAGACAGCGGAAGAUCGCGUGCGACGACUGGAGGCGGACAAGGCGAGUUUGUCGCUGCAAGUGAGCGUGCUUGGAGACCAGGUUGAGGCUCAGGCGGAGAAGAUCCGCGACAUGGAACAGCAUCUUGACGACAGACGGAACAGACUCAUCACGUCCGAAGAAAUGCUUCAGGCGGAGCUGUUGACGCGGACGUCGCUAGAGACUCACAAGCUGGAUCUGAUGGCGGAGAUCUCCAGCCUCAAGAUCAAGCUGGCUACAGCAGACAAGGACAGACGCGAGUUAGACGACCGACUGCGGUCAGCACAGAGACAAAUAACAGAACUCGAGGCCAAAAACACUAUAAAAGAAGCGGAAAUCUGCGAUCUAAGAUCACGGCUUGGGAAGAAUGGCACAAUUAUCCCAGCUGAAUCUGGAGGAGACGUCUCAAGAGAUUCAGUUCGCGAGCGAACGUUAGAUAGACUAAAGCGAAAACAAACGGAAGUUGAAAAGCUUAAGAAGGCUGUGGAUUCACUGAUGAUCGCCAAUGAUGACAAGGAACGGAAACUGGACGAUAUGAAGCGACUGCUGAAACGAUAUCGACGUGUGGAGGAGUUACUUGUUCAAGCACAAGGUCGCAAAGUUGUAGACGAGCUGCUUAUAAACGAAGAUGACACCAGUUCCACCAGCUCAUCUCUAACGCCCUCUGUAGGUGACGCCAUUCGAGAAAACUCACAUUUUGAGUACAAUGACGGCCGCCACUACCUCGCAUCCCCCAGUGCAACAAGCACACCAGUUCAUGCAGGCGACCGAACUGGACCGAACCAAUAUGGAACACCCCAUCUACCGCCAAACACACGCGAAGCCCUCGGCAUGACGCGGUCAAACAGUUGUGAAAGCGUGGCACCGGCACAGCAGAAAACUCCGUCCACAAGUAAGAAGAAGGGUGGAGCUACCGACACUGUCGGUUACGCUCACACUGAAGUUGUCACAGAUGAUGAAGAUGGUCUUCAGCAUCUAGGACAUGGAAGUAAUAUAACCCACGAUAAGAAGAAGCGAGGUCUUCGGAGGUUGUUCGGAAAAUUAAAACGAAGCAGUUCUCAGGACUUUGAUGGUGAUCGCGAGGGGGAGUUCCGACGUGGGGGUGUACGAGCUACCGCCACAGCAAGGCUGGGCUGGUCAAAAGAUCUCAAGGGAACGACAGAUCUUGACAUCCCGUUUGCCCGAUGGGACGGUGACCGUGUCACAGCCUGGAUGAACGACAUCGGCCUAAACAUGUAUGUGGUGGACUGCAAACGCUGGGUGCGCAACGGAGAACAGUUACUACGUGCGUCGACACAAGACCUUGAAAAGGAACUGGGGAUGAAGAAUGGCCUUCAUCGGAAGAAGCUUCAGUUGGCCCUGCAGGCAAUUGGAUCAGAGUCCACGGAGAAACUGGCAGAACUGGAUCACAACUGGGUGGCUCGCUGGCUGGAUGACAUCGGGCUGCCUCAGUACAAGGAUUCUUUCUAUGAUGCACGAAUUGAUGGCAGGAUGCUUCACUAUAUGACUGUGGAGGAUCUGUUGGCCCUGCGGGUGAGCAACGAGCUGCACCACAUCAGCAUCAAGCGAGGUAUUCAGGUGUUGAGGAUCAACGGGUUCAACCAGCAGUGCCUCAAACGCCGACCGUCAACUCAAGAGGGCCACCUGAUGAACAUUGCUGGUGAUGUUGCGUUGUGGACCAACCACCGCGUGAUGGAGUGGCUGCGAACUAUUGACCUGUCGGAGUACGCCCCCAACAUGCGGGGGAGUGCAGUGCACGGGGCAAUCAUGGUGCUAGAGCCACGCUUCAACGCAGAGCUGUUUGCUCAGCUGCUGUCCAUCCCGACCAGCAAGACCUUACUACGACGCCACCUCAGUACGCACUUCGUCAGUCUGAUUGGUCCAGAUGUACAGCAGAAGAAGAGGGAGUUCGAGGCUUCCUCAGGAUAUAUUCCUCUCAUGCCCAGCAACAAGAUCAAGAAGGGAAAGUUUGGAAUAUUUGGCCAUAAGCGGAGCAAGUCCGAGACAGAAGCUGAUGGAUUCAUCUGUCCCAUGGACAUCUCCUCCCCUGUAGACAGAGAGAAACUGCGUAAUGGAACAACCAAUGGAACACACGAUCCCAAGACAGAGAAAGCAGCCAAAGAAAUCGGUGCCUUCUCUAAGGAAAUAAACUCUCUCACAAACAUGCUAGCACACGACCGAUUCUUCGAGAAUGUCCAAACUUCCAAUGUAUGACUGGUCUAGCAGUGUCUGUCACAUUUCCGUCCACCCGUCAGUUCUACUGUCUCGGUGGGCUUGGAAUCUCGCCUCUAAGUCAAAGGGAGAUAACUCCUGUAUAGCCAUGCUUCACAUGGCUCUCAAACAGAUACACGUCCUUCAACACUAUCUUCAACGGUGUCUUUUACCAGGACGACCCAGUUCUAACACAUGCAUGCUACUGCAGUGCAUUAUGGGAGAAUUCAUGUCAUGCACUGAUCAAAUUUCACAGACGAUAUACUAAAUGUUAGCAGUCCAGUGACUGUUUUAACCCGAGAUGUUUACUAUGUGGACAUUGCCGUAGCCUUGGUGCAGAGAUAAGGCUCGCUCUGUAGAUGUGUACAGCCAUAUUUUUAUAGGAAUCUUGUAUGAUAGUGUAGAUACUGUUGAUAUGUGACAUGUAAAUAGUACAGCAUAGUACAUUGUUGUGGUAGGUACAGAUAUUGGAUCCGUUUUGUAGAAAUGUUGCCGAGUCUACUAGGUAGUGUGCACUGAAAGUCGAUAGUUUGAGAGCAGCUCAUACCAAAAUGUGUCAUUCAAAAAUGAUCGAUUUUCUCUUUGAGACAUUGAGAUUUUUAAUUGUGCUUCCUAUUUCUUGUGUUAGACAUUUUGUUGCUGUUGAUGUAUCGUUUUUUAAUCAAAUCAAGGUAGUGUUUUAUUGCCAGAUUUCAAUUCGUAAGCUCACCAGUGCUACCCGAUAUGUUUUAUGAGGAGUGAGUGGAUUUUUACAAAGUAAUUUUAUACAAAACAUAGAAAACCAAUGUCAGUUUGCCAAAUUAUAAUUCUCUUCCAACUCUUCAAACCUUCCUCUCUCAAAAAACACAACCCAUUUACAGACCAGAAGACAAAAACAAACAUCGGUUGAACGUUUGACCUUUGAAUUUUCGGUCAAGAAUGAGGUGGGAGGGAAUCUGAAAUAGAAUUGUGCACAUUUGCUAAUUCCAUCCAGAUGUUUUCCUGUCAAGGAGAGCAUUAGUUGUGUGGAAAGCAAGUUUUGAACAUGUACUGCCAAUUUGUUUGUCCCAUUGCUUUGUGUCUUGACAUUUCGCUUGGUCACCAUUCGUUUAUUAAUAUGCACUUAGCUGCUUUGAAUAUAGAUGUACUAUAUUCUUUACUACUUCUUAGGUUUGUGACACAAUGCUGCUUUGUAUUAUUAACCUGACAACAUAUUAUUUACCCUCUUUAGGGAAAGUUCAAAACCUUGUAGUCUCUUACGACUCCUUGUUAUUAUAAACCUAUCAAUUGUACGAAAAAUAUUUUCAUACCAUAUUUAUAGUAUACGGAUAAAAUCUGAUACUGUUAGAUUUUGAUAAUUUGAUUUUAAAAUAUGACACUGCUGUGGAUGACACUGUGGUGCUGAUAGUCGUGAAAGUUGUAUAAGGAGUGACAUGCUUUGAAAGAUGAUCAGAACUGGUUAUACAGUCCAAGAUAGUGAUGAGGCAAGCUAUUCUCGAAACGUUGAAAGCCCUACUAACUUCUUAACCCCAUUCUUAACACAUUGGCUACAAUCAAAGUUAAGAAUUCUAGUAGCUACGGACUUUUCGAGAAUAAGGGCCCAGAGGGUGUAUUGGUUUACUGUGUUGAGAACGACUAAAGACCCUCUUCAAGAUGCUAGGUGCUAAAGAUUGUCCUAUACCCCAGUGUUCCUGUCGUUGCUGUGUACUGAGAAGGGUAAAUCCCUGAAUCCCAGACUUAUUUAUGUAGGUUUGUCAAGUGUAUGCUGACAUGUCACUUCGGUACACUGAUAUUUUCACGAUCAAAUCAUCAUAUAAUUUUUUAGGCCAAUAUCUGGUCAACAACACAAAGGGUUCUAUAUAGGGUCUGAAUGUUGAGUCUAGGAAUCUGCUGUCAGAAAUGUUGAAUUCAUGAUGAAGCACCGGCAACUAAAUGACCUACUAUACAAGGACAUCAACAUUAGGAAGGAUAAAGCUGCAAGACCUGUAGACCAUAUCCUCAUGCAUCCAUGUCUGAUAAGGACAGUUGAUAUUCAGCUGUAAUGUUCAAGAAUAUUGGUAAAUGCGGUCUAAAACCCAGUUCCUUAAAAUACUGUUGUUUUUGGCUUGUGAACAUGUAAGACGGUGAAUGCUGCACUGAAGAGGGUCAAGGUCAUUGAAAUUAACAGCUUGCUAAAGUGCAAGCAAAAUCUUGUGCUAAGCAUUUGAUUGGGUGAUUGUGAAAGACAGUUCUGUCAGCAAAACUGAUUAAUGGUGAUUUUAAUGUAAAUGAGAAACUUAUAUAAAUUUAGCUGUUGGUUUAUGAUUGGAAUAAGAAUCAGAACACAACUGAAUUUUGUAUAUGUAUACAUUGUUUCAAGUGCCACCAGCAACAUACCUAUUCAUGUCAGGUUGUGAUGAGAUUGACCAUGUGUGCCUAUCAUGUAACAUUAAUCACCUUACCAAACUGGGAACUCAGUUGUUUUCACCAAUAAGAUAUUUUUCAAGUUUACUUUUUUGCAAAUGAAAAUGUUUUGGAAAUAUUGCUGAUGUUUGUAAAGUCAGUGAUCAUGUACACAUUUUCCAAGGUUUCAAUUCAACAAGACAAUGUUGAUAUUCAGUGAGUUGUUUGUACCAACUUCCCAGUUUAGUAUUGUAAUAUAAGAGUAUAUUUCCUUAUCCGACUUGGCUAAACUGCCAUGACCAGCUCAAAGUCUUGCCCAAGAAACUUGGACAUCCCAGAUGCAGUGCAACUUGUAGUUACAUUCAGUUCAUUUUAGCUUUUGAAAGAAAAAUUUAGGAAGGAGAUGCUU